AUGGUCCGUUACGCCCUGAUGGGCGCCACCGGCGCGACAGGCACAGCGAUCCUCCGCCAUCUCCUGCAGGAACCACCCAAUGACUUGAGCCUCAACAUCUACGUCCGCAGCAAGUCAAAAUUGCUCGAUAAGUUCUCAGACCUCGAAACGAGACCACGAUUCCAAGCCGCAAUUUUCGAAGGCAGCAACACAGAACGCACCCUCCUCAAACAAUGCCUCCACGACGUCGACGCCAUCAUGAUGUGCAUAGCAACAAACGUCAGCACGCCAGGCGAAUCCCGCUUCACGGACACUGCCAAUGCAGUGACGGAAGCCUUGCUUGAGCUUAAGAAGGAACAAGCAGCCUCAUACAAAACGCCUUCAAUCCUGAUCCUUCGCGCCUCAAUUCUAAACCCCAACUGGUCUGGCCCACGGAAAGGCUACUUCGAGAACUUCCUGAUGUUCUGCCUUCGCCAUUUGUACGAUAACAUGGAAGCCGCCAACGAGAUCUACGAGACCAAGGCCAAGGAGACGCCCGGUCUGCUCAAUGUCAUCUACGUUGACCCUCCGGGUAUACAUGACAAUGACGGGACGAAGCCAACGGGGUAUGAGCUACUGCUAGCCCCGCAGGGUGAUAGGAUGCCGCAGUUCAAUCUGAGUUAUACUGAUCUGGGGAUCGCAUUCUGUGAGAUUGCGGAGAGGAGGGAGGAGUUCAAAGGAAAGGGCGUGGGAGUCUUCGGGACGGGGGAGAUUAAGUUGACGUGGCCGAUCUUGAUGGGGCAUUUGAGUCAAGGGUUGAGGGGGAGGGUGCUGGGGUGGUGA